UCCGUUAUUUUUUCCUAGUUGCAUAAACGACUUCUUCAGAUACCAUUGUUACUUAACUAUCCAAAAUGACAACCAAAAAACGAGAAAAUUCGGAACCCUUGAGGGAGCGUUAUGACAAGACAAACAGGCGCUAUAUCGUCUUUGUGGGAUGUCUUCUGAUACAGUUUGUAGCCAUUGCAAUGCCUUCCUCGAUGUUGGGAAUUGUUUAUGUGGACGUUACUAGAGAGUUCGACGCCGAGGCUUCCGAAGCGGCGCUCAUGUUAUCCUUAUUUCGUGGAAUUGCUUUCGGAGGAGGAGUGAUUGGUGAAAUGGUAAUAAGACGAGUAGGGGAAUUCCCAUGUAUAAUAGCAGCGUCUCUGGUAGGCAGCAUCAGUAUCUUAGCCUCGGCCUUCGCACAAAGUAUGACCGCCAUUGUUCUCCUCAUCGGGGUUGGUACUGGAUGCGCAUGCGUGUUUCCGACACUUUUGUCCUAUGUCUACAUAAGCCGAUCCUUUCCCAGAAAAUACGUAUCCAAGUUUCUGAUUAUGAUGACUGUCGGUGCAGGGUUAGGAUUGUUGACAACACCCUACAUGACUGAGUUUUUCCUGAGGCAAUUCGGGUGGAGAGGGACCUUUAUGAUGGCCAGUGGACUAUUUUUUCAUCUGUUUCUUGUUGGAAUUGUGGUUCAGUUUAAUCUGCCACCUUUAGAUGGACCAAGGAAGGCCAAAGAAUUCAAAUGGACGGAUCAAAUUGCUAUUUUCAAAAACAGAACAUAUUCAAUAUAUUUGUUUGAUAUGCUUCUGUUUGGAAUAUUUGGAUAUGUAGUUCCCUGGUUUCUUCCUGAUUUUGUUGUUUCCAACAAUUACACCAAACAGGACGCCGCCUUGUUGCUAACAAUUAGCGGAGUCUCUAAUCUAGUAGGACGGAUACUGGCGGGCACUUUAGACCCAUUUUUCAGUCGCACAAAAAUUAUCUACCACUGGGGCUACAUCUUCGCAAUAACUGCUGUCAGCUUUGCCGUUUUUCCAUUCUUUAUGGGAAAUUUCUCCGUUCUGUGCGGGGCGUCUUUAGUCUACGGGACCUGUUUUGGUUUAAUUGUCUCGCAGAGUGUGCCAAUUGUGGUACAAGCAUUGCCUCUAACUCUGACCUCUAUUGGAAUGGCUACAGAAUUCACGGCAUAUGGAUUGUGCACAGUACUAGGAGGCUACGUAUGUGGAUUGAUUCGUGACGUCACUGGGGGAUAUGACGCCGUAUUUUACAUGUCCUCAGGGACGGUCAUUGUAUGCAGUUUUAUGUGCGUUCUUCUCCUGUUUUUGGAUAAAACAUGUAAACGGAAAACUCUAAAUAACGUUCAUAUCAAUACCAUCUCGAUUAUUUCCCAUCUCUAAUUCAAAUAUAUACAUAUGUAUGUGUGUGACUGUUAUUAAAAUGAUAUUGUCUGUAAUUUUGCGUACUUUUGACAAUGUGGUUCAAAUUAAAAGCAUGGUUUUUGCACGGUAAGAAAUUGACUUUCUUGAGAAAUUUCAUAUUUAAUUUCAUAGAUUAAUGAUAGGUAAACAUCGAA